AUGGCCUGGUCCCACAAGCGCAAACUUGAAAGGGCGAGGGACGAGGCAAUCGCACGCGCUGAUAAGAGAGACAAGCUGGUGCAAAGGCUACUGUGGGAAGACGUCUCUAAACGUAAGGAGUAUCAGGACAAAAUAUCUAAAGUGGAGUCUAUCAUCGACAGAGUCAGGGACGCUGCUGUGAUCAACGAAACCGGUAGUACCAGUGCCCCUCCGACCACCGAAGAACUCUCAAAACUGCACACGCAAGAACUCAAGACACUGCAUGCACAGGUGACUGCCCUGCAUAAGGCAUCCAUCAAAGCAGCAGCCGACGCUGCAACUAUGGCUGCCAAAGUGGAGGCUGCUGCUGCUGCUGCUCCCAAAAAGUCAAUGCAACUUGUGACUGCGGCUUCCACCAAGACUCCAACUCUUGUCAAACUUAUCAUCAGACCCAUUCUCACCUCUGAGACAGCAAACAUGGAUGACCCUUUACUCAAAAUCUGCCUAGAUUGUGCAGGAAAUCUCUAA